CACUCACAAAUCGCAACGUACACUUCCACCACCACCAGUAGUCGUCGUCUUCUUCCCUUUCCCUCUACCGCUAUAAAUGCCCCAUCUCCCACAACCGCCUUUCCAUUCCCUCACUCCCACUGCUCACCAAUCCCCCAACACACAAAAAAAAAAAUUAUCAACUAAAUUAUUCCCCCUUGUUUUUUGUAUGGGCAACGCGGAUUACGUGUACCCGUCGACCUCCGACGAGGCGGAGGCGGCGGCGGCGGAGUGCAAUAAUAAUGAUAAUAAUAACUCCUCCCACUCCCACAAGGUGGCGAUUCCGCCGCCGCAGCCGUUCGUGAAGUCCCUCAAGUACAACCUGAAGGAGACCUUCUUCCCCGACGACCCGCUCCGCCAGUUCAAGAACCAGAGCCCGCCCCGGAAGCUCCUCCUGGGCUUGCAGUACUUCUUCCCCAUCCUCGAGUGGGGCCCGCGCUACAGCUUGGACUUCUUCAAGGCUGACCUCAUCUCCGGCGUCACCAUCGCCAGCUUGGCCAUCCCGCAGGGCAUCAGCUACGCCAAGCUCGCCAACCUUCCCCCCAUCCUCGGCCUCUAUUCAAGUUUCGUUCCGGCGCUGGUGUACGCAAUGAUGGGAAGCUCGAGAGAUCUGGCGGUGGGGACGGUGGCCGUGGCUUCACUGCUGACGGCUUCCAUGCUAGGCAGCCAAGUCAGCGCCGCCGAGAACCCCCAGCUGUAUCUGCACCUGGCUUUCACGGCCACCUUCUUCGCCGGACUUUUCCAAGCUGCUCUUGGCCUCUUCAGGUUAGGGUUCAUCGUGGACUUUCUGUCACAUGCGACGAUAGUAGGAUUCAUGGCCGGGGCAGCGACGGUGGUGAUCCUACAGCAGCUUAAAGGGAUACUAGGGCUGGACCAUUUCACCCACGCUACCGACCUCGUCUCCGUUAUGCGCUCCGUUUUCUCACAAACCCAUCAGUGGAGGUGGGAAAGUGCUCUGUUGGGCUUCUGCUUCCUCUUCUUCCUCCUCGUCACCAGACAAUUCAGCAAGAAACGACCAAAGUUCUUCUGGGUCUCGGCGCUGGCCCCGCUCACAUCAGUCAUCCUGGGAAGUCUUCUCGUUUAUUUCACCCACGCGGAAAAACAUGGCGUCCAAGUGAUAGGGCAACUGAAGAAAGGACUCAAUCCGCUGUCGUUUGGUGAUCUGGUCUUCGUGUCACCUUAUCUGUCCACCGCCAUCAAGACCGGCAUCGUCACCGGUGUCAUUGCCCUCGCUGAAGGAAUCGCCGUUGGGAGGAGUUUCGCCAUGUUCAAGAAUUACCACAUUGAUGGCAACAAGGAGAUGAUCGCCAUUGGAACCAUGAACGUCGUCGGCUCCCUCACCUCAUGCUACCUCACCACAGGGCCGUUCUCGAGGUCGGCGGUGAACUUCAAUGCUGGAUGCAAGACCGCGGUGUCGAACAUAGUGAUGGCGUUAGCCGUGAUGCUCACGUUGCUCUUCCUUACGCCCCUGUUCCACUACACUCCCCUCGUGGUGCUGUCCUCCAUCAUCAUCUCCGCGAUGCUCGGCCUCAUCGACGUCGAGGCCGCCCUCCACCUCUGGAGCAUCGAUAAGUUCGACUUCCUCGUCUGCAUCAGCGCCUACGCCGGCGUCGUUUUCGCCAGUGUCGAGAUCGGAUUGGUCCUCGCCGUGGGGAUCUCUGUCCUACGAGUGCUUUUGUUUGUGGCGAGACCAAAAACAUUCAUCCUUGGGAACGUUUCCAAUUCGGGCAUCUAUAGAAAUGUUGAACAAUAUCCGAAUGCUGCGACGGUGCCCGGUGUCCUGGUGCUUGAGAUUGAUGCUCCGAUUUACUUUGCAAACUCUUCCUAUUUGAGGGAAAGGAUAGGGAGGUGGAUUGAUGAUGAAGAAGAAAGGUUGAAGAUUUCAGGGGAAGCCAGCCUCCAAUAUGUUAUUCUAGACAUGGGAGGUAUUGUGACUCAAAUUUGAACCAACAUGAUUUAGAAUUAAUGGACCAUUUUUUAUGUAAGUAAACUCCUUUUAAUGUAUGUGUGGAUGGCCAGCUGUUGGGAACAUCGACACAAGUGGGAUUAGUAUGCUGGAGGAAGUGAAGAAGGUGACUGACAGAAGAGGGUUGAAGGUAACCCAAAUUCACUAGUGAUCAAAUCUGAUUUAUUGAAACAUAACCAGAUCGAGAAUGUUUUGUAAUCACCAGAUGAAUGAACUUGGUCGAUUUUAUUUGUAGCUGGCGCUAGCAAACCCUGGAGCAGAGGUGACAAAGAAGCUUAACAAAGCCAAGUUCAUCGACAACCUUGGUCCAGAAUGGAUCUUUUUAACGGUAGGAGAAGCUGUGGGAGCUUGCAACUACAUGCUUCAUUCUUACAAACCCGCCGUCAACGACGAUCCUCACAAAGACGAAUCCGCUGUAUAAUUAAUAGUUAACUACUCGAUCCACCACAUAUACCCAAAGUUCAUUUGAACCUGUAAGCCUUGGUUUGUCAUUCUUGGUAAGAAUUGGCAUAAAGUAAGCAAAAACUCGGACUAAUUUAGUCAGGAGGCAAUUUUUAACCCUCCCAGUGACAUCUUAUCUUAUGUAACCUGUAUAUUUGUUUUUCCAUAUAAUGUCAUUCCCUCAUUUAAUUGUUUUCUUAACUGGUAUUGUUGGGUGCAAAGAUUGAGAAUAAGUAAACAGUUUCAAUUAUUAAGUCGCUGAUAUGAUCCUAAUUUGAGAAUCUAGA